AUGGCAGCUCUCAGCUCCACGGCCGCAGCCAUUGCCAUCCUUGCGCUCGCGACCAUGGCCGGAGUAGCUCUAGGAGCGACGGCGGGGACAAAGAAGGCGCCGGUGAUCUACAUUUUCGGCGACUCGAUGUCGGACGUCGGCAACAACAACUACCUCCUCCUCUCCAUCGCCAAGUGCAACUACCCCUGGUACGGGAUUGACUACGAAGGUGGCUACCCCACCGGGAGGUUCACCAAUGGCAGGACCAUCGGAGACAUCAUGGCUGCCAAGUUUGGCGUCCCACCGCCGCCGCCGUUCCUCUCCCUGUAUAUGACCGACGAUGAGGUCGAGUACCUGUCGUUCGACAACCAGAUAUCGUACUUUGAGCAGAUCAAGAACGCCAUGAUCGGCAAGAUCGGCAAGAAGGCCGCCGAGGAGGUGGUCAAUGGCGCAAUCUUCCAGAUCGGACUUGGGAGCAACGACUACGUCAACAACUUCUUGCGGCCGUUCAUGGCGGACGGCUUCGUGUACACCCACGACCAGUUCAUCGGCCUCCUCAUGGAGACCAUCAGCCAGCAGCUCACGAGGUUGUACCAUCUCGGGGCGCGUAAUGUGUGGUUCACGGGGCUCGCGCCGCUCGGCUGCAUCCCGUCGCAGCGCGUCCUCUCGGACAACGGCGAGUGCCUGGAAGACGUGAACUUGUACGCCCUUCAGUUCAACGCCGCGGCCAAGGACCUGCUGGACCGCCUCAACGCCAAGCUCCCCGGCGCGCGCAUGUCCCUCGCCGACUGCUACUCCGUCGUCAUGGAGCUCAUCGAGCACCCAAAGAAAUACGGUUUCACGACGUCCCACACGUCGUGCUGCGACGUGGACACGUCGGUGGGGGGCCUGUGCCUGCCGACGGCGGACGUCUGCGACGACCGCAGCCAGUUCGUGUUCUGGGACGCGUACCACACCUCCGACGCGGCCAACCAGGUCAUUGCCGGCCGCCUCUACGCCGACAUGGUGAGCGCCGGCGACGUGCAGGAGGGCAACACCACCGUCUCCGACGCGCCUCGCGUCGUCCGGUCACCACGCCCCGUGCCUCCUUCCCGGCCCGCAGUGCGUGGUGGCGGCAACACCACCUCCGCCCCCCGCGCCGCGCCGGCCGCGCGGCCUGUGCAUGGCAACGGCACCACCUCCGCGCCCCGCGCCUCGCCCGCAGCGAGGCCUGUGAAUGGCAACGGCACCACCUCUGCGCCUCCCGUCGUCGGAUCAUCCUCCCACGCCGCGCCGCCUCCCCAGCCUUGA